CAUGCGAUUUCAAAGCGACAGCGACAGCGACUCACCUGCACCAAAAUCAUCACUACCUGCAGCCCCCAAAAUUCAACGGCCAGACUUCAGUGUAACACAGAGAAGGGCCCCUAGCCCCCAACGACCUGCAUCAGUGGCAAGACCACUGCCCAAUGCUAGCCCACAACAACCAGGAACCAGUCGGGGCAAUGAACUGUCAGCUGCAGGUGCUUCAAACCUUGCUCCUCUUCUGUGUAGGCUCCUGACAAACCAAGAGCUUAUCAUGGAGCAGAUCAAAAUUAUUACCCUGACCCUGAACAAGAUCCAUGGACAACCUGUUGGUGGGCAGGAGGUCCUUGAAAAAGAUGUCCUCCCAGUUAAGGAUAUCAGCUCUUUACUGGCUUUGGAGAAGCGGGUCAGGGAAGAGGCGGACUUUAAACAGAAAAUGACUGCUGCUUUGAGUGUCAUCGGUGGAGUUGAUAUCAAGGACACAGUGUGGCGGAUUAUGAAAAAUCUAUUCACCAACUCCCUGGCCAAACAACUUAACUGGCGUGGCGUGAAUGGGAAAACGGCAUUCCACAGCCUCCAGUUAAAAGAUGUAAUCACUGGAACAGUCAGAAACAAUCAGUUAACAGCCACUGCAACAGACCAGGAGGUGGAGGCUUAUAUAAAAAGGUGGCUUCAUCUCGCCGGAGACAGGGAUGGUGGAAGGAGAAAGAGAGAGGAGAAAAGGCGUUCCACACAGCUCGCAGGGCCAGAUGAAGAUGAAACAAUGUUGGGGCCAUGACUUUUUUGGAGUGAGCGUUGGAGGUCAACAACAGUGUUCUGCAUUUUGUCUGAAUAUUCAUGUUAAUCUAAAUGCUUGUUUUGUUUUGUCUGUUUUGUGA